AUGGUAGCUAUCAAGCUGGACAUGGAGAAAGCCUACGACAGCAUGUGUUGGAAGACCCUUUAUGAGAUGAUGAGUACGAUGGGCUUUCCGGUGAAGUUUAUGAAGUUGGUGAUCGAAUGCAUUAUGGACCCAAGGUUUUCUAUGUCAAUCAACGGAGAACUCUCUAAAUGGAUUAUGGGGAAGAGUGGUUUUCGUCAUGGCAAGGACUUAGGCAUCAGGAUUGCUCCAAGUGUUCAGAAGGUGUCACAUUUGCUAUAUGCAGAUGAUGUACUUUUACUCUCUGAUGCUAAGCUAAAAAGUAUUAAGAACGUGAAGAGAAUUUUAAGUGAUUAUUGCGGCUAG